CCUGCCUUCAGAGCUCUGGGGUCGCGGCCAUUCUAGCGUCUUUAGUUCUGUAAGGAAAGACACACACAUCUUUGUGCUUUCCCAGCGAGGCCCUAGGAAAAGGAAGAAUGUAUACUACGAUUAUAAUCCGCUUCAUUUUACUGAAUUUGGGAAGCAAAGAGGCCUCGGGGAUUGUGACGGACCUGCCCUAACAGAGGUUGCCUUGAUGACCUAAUAAAUCAGAAUGGCGGUAAGAUGAGAGCCUCCAGGGACCCCAGGACCCCUCCCCCGGGCAGCUGAGAUUGUCUGGAGCCCACGGGGCACCAUGGGCGUCUCGCAAUCCUCUGAGGAGGAGUGGAAGCGUGAGAGCAGGACUGACUUCUGGUGGGGGCAGAUGCAGGAGGGGUUCCGGAACCAGAGCGACUUCAACUGGGACCAGAUCAAGCAGCUGCACCAGAGGUUCCGGCUGUUGAGCGGAGACCAGCCCACCAUCCGGCCUGAGAACUUCGACAACGUCCUGGACCUGGAGUUCAACCCGAUCCGCUCCAGGAUCAUCCGCGCCUUCUUCGACAACCGGAACCUGGGCAAGGGGACCAGCGGCUUGGCCGAGGAGAUUAGCUUCGAGGACUUCCUGACCAUCAUCGCCUACUUCAAGCCGCUGCGCUCAAAGCACUUGAGCAAGGACGAGGCGGAGACGUACCGCCGGGAGAAGAUGCGCUUCCUCUUCCACUUGUACGACGAGGACUGCGACGGGCUCAUCACGCUGCAGGAGUACCGCAGGGUGGUGGAGGACCUGCUGUCGGCGAACCCGCAGGUGGAGAGCACGUGGGUGCGCUCCAUCGCCAACUCCAUCGCGCACCGCGCCUUGAAAGAGGCAGCCAGGGCAUCCGACCAGCCGCUGGAGCAGGGCCAGCAGUACCAGGGCAUCACCUUCGAGGACUUCGUCAAGACCUGGCAGGGCAUCGACUUCGAGGUCAAGAUGCAAGUCAGCUUCCUGAACCUAGAAGCCAUGGCUUUAUGCCAGUGACCUGCUGGCCGCUGCUGGCCACUCCCACCCCGCUCCCCCACCCUCCACCAUCACGGGAGAUUCUGCACCUUGAGCCUGCAGCCUCUUGCAGCAGCUACGGGGUAUGUGGGACCUGGCGGCUUUUAUCUCUGAGAAUAAAGAUGAUCAAAAGAA